GAAAGUAUUUUUCCCACCCGUUUAGGGUUUAAAGGAGGGCUUUUCAUAAAAAUUUAGUUUUUCCGACGGCCAAAGGUUGGAGGGAGUGCUUUACUUUCUCUGAGAGCCUGGAUUGGGUCUUGGAAUGCCUGCAAAGAGCGAGGAGAGAAAUCACUGAGGAAGAAGAAUAGCUAAAAUGUCGUUCCUACCCUUCUCCACACCUCAGCAGUUAUUCCAACUCCAAACUCAGCCACAGCAACAGCAGCAGCAGCUUCAACUGGGUAGCCCAUUUCUUCAACAGCAGCAGCAACAACAGCAACAACAGCAACAACAACAACAACAACAACAACAACAACAGCAGCAGCAGUUCUAUCUCUUCACCAAAGAUAAAGCUCCGGCGACCUACGGUACCAAAUGGGCCGAUCUUCAUCCCGACUCCCAGAAAAUUCUCCUCCAGAUCGAGGAGAAGAUAUUGGAGUACAGAGAUGAAAGCCAGAGGCUAGAUCAGUGUAACCGCCUGUAUGACUCUUCGAUAUCCAGUGACGGAUUUGAGGUUGAUUCCAGUCAUAUAUUGCUGGAACUUGGGGGAAUAAGCACUGCAAUGGAAAGAGAGAAAGCUCUUUUGCAAGAGCUGAUGGCUGUUGUGAAAGGCACAAUGAGAAACACAGAGUUCGCAGUUCGUUCAUUUAUGAUGCUCCGACCUAGGUUCCUUCACCCAAAUGUUGGAGUUGCUUCAAUUGCUACUGGCCCAGCUCAAGCUCCAGGAGCAUUGGCAGCUCCAAAUUUAGCGAGUCAACCAAUGUCUACCUCAAUAGUACCAAUUUUAGAUUUCUACAGCGGGGUUCCAAGAAGACCAUCUCCAUUUUUGCAGGACACAAUUGCCAGAUUUGAGAAAUAUCUUGGUGAGUGCCGUCAAUGGAUUGAAGAGUUAGAGCAGCUGCUUCUGUCUGAUGCUGGUGGGAAUUCUUCCGGCUUAGACUCAUCUUUAUUGCAGUCUCUACCUAAAGUUUUGUCCAAUGUGCAUGAUUUCUUUGUUCAUGUGGCUGCCAAGGUGGAGAGCCUUCAUCAGUACAUUGAGUCCAUGAAAAUGGCUUAUCUUACUGACCAGCGACGCCGCGGUGAUGGGAAUGAUCCAUUUCUUGAGGCUGAUCGGCGAGAAACAGCCAAACAAGAAGCUGCUGCUAAGAGAGUUCAUCCAACAUUGCACUUACCGGCUAUUACACAGCCAUCUACUCACGUUGCAGGUUUAUUUGCAAGUUCUGCAACGCUUGGGGCAUCAAGUGCCUCACAGCUGUCUGCUGGGACCUCAUCAGCUUCAGCUGGGGGUGGAUUCUCACUUACACCAUUUUCUGCUCCAUCUGUUGCCACAUCUUCGUCUUUACUGUUCACUCCAUCAGCAGCUGCUCCUGGAUCAUCGCUGUUUGGACCUUCCACUGCUACCCCCCAAACAUCAGUUUUUGGGUCUGCAUCAGGAUCUUUGUUUGGGUCCACCCCAAGUCCAUUGUUUGGCACCGGUGCUUCAACAUUUGGUUCAACCACUCCUGCUGGGAGUUCCCUCUUCGCAACACCAUCCUUUGCUUCAGCAGGUCCUGCAACAGGAUCCGGUGCAAGCUUUGGGACUGCAUCUAGAUCCACAAAACCGAAAUCCCGAACUACACGCCGCUAGGUAAAAAUCAAAGAGUUAUCAAAUCCAGAGGCGGCUGAAGAACCAGUCUCUACACCUUUAAAGCAGAGGCAGAUGAAGAGCCCAUCCAUGCUCUGGAAAUCAGUAAACAUAUCAUGGCAACCAUCAUCAAUGUUAUUGAUCUUAAAAGCAGCUCAUCACUCCUAGGUGAUUGUCAUUGCAAAAUUCGGUUUUUUUUUUUGUCUCCAACAGCUCAAUUUAGUUCUUGAUCAACUCUGCAGCCACUCUAGACUGACACAUAUAUUCCCAACCUUGUAUCUGAUUGGAUGUGCAAUGUUGAGGACCAUGCUGAUGUAAAGCUGUAGACUAGAAAUUGAGUAGACUAUUCAGGAUACAAAAUCUUGUGAUUUUCUGAGUGUCUUUCAGCAAUUGCGAUGUAAAAUAAACUCUCUGGUUUCCAUUAGUGCUAAUUUCAUCAUUGAUCUUUCC